AUGUCGGACGCAUGGGAAGAAAUUCAAGCAGUCAAAAGUAAGAGGAAUAGCUUAAGGGAGAAAUUAGAAAAAAGGAAGAAAGAGCGACAAAAUAUACUCGGUGCUACACUAACUAGUAGUGAUAAAAAUGAAGGCUCACCGGUUUCCUCUAGUGGGAAAGAGCGGGCUACUGCAAGCCCGGCAUCGACUAAAAAUGAAAGUCAUGUCCCUAUAGAAAAACCAAAACCAGUCCUAUCUGCCUCUUUAGAGGUCCGCCUCCUCCAAGUGUUAUCAGAUAUGCAAUUGCAAUUACCAGCUACUGCAAGUGCUUUAAUGCCAGGUUUAGGUGAUGUUGAUACUGGAAUUGUGGCAAGUUUAUUACAGAAAUUUGCUACACAAAAGCUUAUUACCAUCAAAGAAAGAACUGAGAGCACAACAGAUGCUAGUAUAGAAGUGGUGAAUGCAGAAUCUGUGAGAUUGGCAGCAGUGCUUGCUGCUUUGAUGGAAGAGCAGUCUACCACAACUAAGAGAAAAGGAGACAGUAAUGUUGAAGAAGGUCCCAAUCCAAAAGUAUCAAAAUCUACAACAGAUGAAAAGAAAACUGGAAAAGAUAAUACUGAUAUAAUGUCUUUACUAGCAAUGCCAUCAAGCCGUGAAAAAGCAGUAAAGAGGGUGGGUGAAGAGAUAAUGGAUCUAUUGAGCAAACCUACGGCUAAAGAAAAGUCUCUUGCAGAUAAAUUUAAAAGUCAAGGAGGCGCACAAGUAAUGGAGUUUUGCCCACAAGGCACUAGAGCAGAAUGUGUCAGAGCAUUCAAAGCCCAAGAUGGUGACAAGCCGGACGCCACUUAUGCAUGCAAGAAAUUACACUUCAAAAAGAUAAUACAGAGUCACACAGAUGAAACGCUUGGAGAUUGUUCAUUCUUGAACACAUGCUUUCAUAUGGAUAGUUGCAAGUAUGUACAUUAUGAAGUUGAUAAUGCUGAUCCUAAUAUAAGUGCGAAGCCGACCACAGAACCCACAUCAAAGGCAGGACACAAUGGUACAAAUGUAGUACCAAAGCCGGAUGGAGUGUUAACACUGACUCCCCCACAAUGGAUACAAUGCGACUUGAGGUACCUCGAUAUGACUUUUUUAGGUAAAUUUGCGGUAAUAAUGGCGGACCCGCCAUGGGACAUUCAUAUGGAACUACCAUACGGGACCAUGUCUGAUGAUGAGAUGAGGUGUCUAGGUGUCCCUCAGCUACAAGACCAUGGACUAAUAUUUUUAUGGGUCACUGGUCGGGCCAUGGAAUUAGGUCGCGAGUGCCUCAAGUUGUGGGGGUACGAGCGCGUGGACGAGCUCAUAUGGGUGAAGACCAACCAGCUACAGCGCAUCAUACGUACGGGACGCACGGGACACUGGCUCAACCAUGGGAAGGAGCAUUGCUUGGUGGGGAUGAAAGGCAAUCCCGACAACUUGAACCGCGGCCUCGACUGUGACGUCAUCGUGGCAGAAGUGCGCGCCACCUCGCACAAACCCGACGAGAUAUACGGCAUUAUAGAAAGACUCAGUCCAGGGACAAGGAAAAUAGAGUUGUUUGGACGACCUCAUAAUGUUCAACCGAAUUGGAUAACCCUUGGAAAUCAAGUAGAUGGAGUACGAUUAGUGGACCCUGAGUUAAUGGCGGCGUUUAAGAAGAGGUACCCCGAUGGAAAUUGUAUGGCUCCUCCAACUCCUGACCCUGGACUAUCA